AUGGGAAAAGCCUUCCUAUUUCUUGCUUGUCUUGUUUUGGCAACUCAAGCAGUUGACAAUGAUCCGGAGAUCGAGAUGAAUGCGCCUGAAAUCAUUCAACGAUGGGGCUACCCGGUAGAGAUUCACACAGUUGAAACAACCGACGGUUAUUUGAUCGACAUUCACCGAAUCCCGGCUGGGAAGAAUCAAGUGCAAACUCCAAACAAGCCAGUCGUCUUCAUGCAACAUGGUUUCAUGUGUGAUUCAAGCAACUGGAUCGUCAAUUUGCCAGAUCAAUCAGCCGGAUUUAUCUUUGCCGAUGCUGGCUACGAUGUUUGGCUUGGGAAUGUCCGUGGAAACACAUAUGGAAAGAAGCACAAGACUCUUAAUCCAAAAUCCGAGAAAUUCUGGGAGUUCUCCAAAGACUUCUGUGGCACCAACCCGACGAAUGACUACUGUGACAAUAUUCUCUUCUUGAUCAGUGGCCCAGAGAGUACGCAAUUCAACGAUCUGAAG